UUCAACCUCUACUGGAAUUCCCGGUUUCAUUGAUUCCACAUCCCCAAACAAAAAGCUUUUAAAGGAGUUCUCUCUCCCUCUCUACUCAAGUUUUCUUUUUCUUUUCUUUUUCUUUUUCUUUUUUGCAAGCUGAUGGAAUGACCCUUGGAAACAUUUGGAUUUGUUUUGAAUAAACCUACUCUAUUCGUCGGGCUCCCUUUUCCUCCUCCAGCUGCUUAUUUGUGAAACUGCAGGAGAUCUUGUACAAACAUUUCCCAUUUGGUGAGUGAGCAUUUGGCAGUUUUAAAUAGUGACUCUGUAAAUGCAGUUGUAGAAGAGACUUGAGUAAGACAGGUCUUCUCCAUCAUUCUGGAUUGUCUUGGUGUACCUCCGAUCCCCGGUCAAGAUGCGGAGACUUGACGUGCAACUUUACGUCUCUCUGUUGGCUCUUGUCUUCAUUUUUGUGAGUGUUGGGAAUGUUGAGUGUGACGCCGUGGUGAAACGGGGUCAGACGUCUGAGAGAGACGACGCGAGACACGUUGUAGAAGUGGAUGGUAAAGAGAGAGAGGAAUUACAAAAUGAACAAACUGGAGAGAUUCAGAUGGAUGAUCCCAGUGCACAAGCUGACACUGCAAAGAGUAAGCCAAGAGGGAAAAAGUCACCCGAGGAAGUCCUGGCAGCCAAGGCUAAGAAAGCAGCGGAAAAAGAGGCCAAAGCAAAGAAACAGAAAGCUCCCAAGCCAACCAAGAAACCUAAGCCGCCAAAGGCGACCAAGAAGCCCAAACCACCAAAACCCACGAAAAAACCAAAGCCACCAAAACCCACAAAAAAGCCCAAGGCACCAAAGACCACCCCUCAGCCCAAGGAGAAAUCUGAAAAAGACCAAAGGCUCAAAAGAAAACCCUCGCUGGAGGAGGAAGAGGAGAAGCUUCUCCAUGAGCUUGGAUGGGAUAAACUAUCUCAGAACAAAACAGAGAAGGAAGAACCUCCUAAACCAGACUACGUGGAUAAAAAAGAAGAUCCGAGGUCACCGUCUGUUACCAAAGUCUUAAAAGAAACAGAUGACGAUUACUGGGAUGCUAGAUAUGAUGUAACAGAACCUGACCUUUACCCUCGACGCAAAGGGGCCACCACUACAGAGGACCCCAGUAUAUAUCUACCCAUACCUGAAGAAACCACAGCUCCAAUGCCCGUUGUUCCGUGGUAUGAGGAAUAUGAAUACACUGACUUGGCUGCUAAGAAGCUUGAGGAAGAGAUGGAGAAGGCACGGAAGGAGAAAGAAGAAAAAGCUGAGAAACUGAGGAAGAUGUGGGAGAAGGAGGAAGAAGAAGAGAGAAAGAAGCAGAUUCCCGUUCAUGCCGAGCCCAAGAAAUGUCCUCCUCUGGGAAUGGAGUCCCAUCGCGUAGAGGACGACCAGAUUUUGGCCUCUUCCUCAUCCCAUCAAGGCUUUUCAGCACAGAGGGGCCGGCUGAAUAUGCAGAGUUCAGAUGACGAGGAGGAUGUUUAUGGAGGAGCGUGGUGUGCUGACACUGAGGAGAAAGAACACUGGUUUCAGAUCGACGCUCGUCGUGAAGUGGAGUUCGCAGGGGUCAUCACCCAGGGCAGGAACUCAGAGAUGCAUGAAGAUUUUGUUUCGUCGUUUUUCGUGGCCUUCAGUAACGACAGCCGUGAUUGGACAGUGCUUCAUGACGGCUACGCAGAAUGGCUUUUCUACGGCAAUGUGGACAAGGACACUCCAGUGAUGAACCAGUUUGCCUGGCCCACGGUGGCACGCUAUUUACGGAUUUUACCUCAAAGCUGGAACGGCAGUCUAUGUAUGCGACUGGAGGUGCUCGCUUGUCAACUGCCCAACAGCUACCCCACUGACAAUGAGGUUAUUCCCACUGAUGAUCUGGAUUUCAGGCAUCAUAACUACAAGGAGAUGAGACAGAUGAUGAAAGUAAUAAACGAAGAGUGUCCCAACAUCACCAGAAUCUACAACAUCGGCAAGAGCUCUCAAGGACUGAAGAUGUAUGCGAUGGAGAUAUCUGAUAACCCCGGGGAACACGAACGAGGUGAGCCGGAGUUCCGCUACACCGCGGGCCUGCACGGGAACGAGGUGCUUGGCCGGGAGCUGUUGCUGUUGCUGAUGCAGUUCCUGUGUAAGGAGUACAACGACGACAACCCGAGAGUGCGCCGCCUGGUGGACGGAGUGCGCAUCCACUUAGUGCCCUCGCUCAACCCCGAUGCCUACGAGCUGGCCUAUGAGAUGGGUUCUGAGAUGGGUAACUGGAACCUUGGCCACUGGACGGAGGAGGGCUAUGAUAUUUUCCAGAACUUUCCUGACCUAAACAGUAUUCUGUGGGGUGCAGAGGACAGGGGCUGGGUCCCGCGCAUUGUGCCCAAUCACCACAUUCCCUUGCCAGAAAAUUUCCUCAACGGCUCGGUCGCCGCUGAGACUCGGGCGAUAAUCGCGUGGAUGGAAAGGACCCCGUUUGUUCUGGGCGCUAACCUGCAGGGUGGGGAGAAGAUUGUGACGUACCCCUUCGACAUGCAGCGGCCGCCCAGGGCGGUGGGGGCGGAUGGCCGCGGGGGCAGGAGACGAGCGGAGAUGGAACGCGUGAUGAACGAGGAGACGUGGGCGAGGAUCCAACGGCAGAACGAGGGCGCCCUGCGAGAAACGGCCGACGAGAACAUGUUCCGCUGGCUCGCCAUGACCUACGCCCACAGCCACCUCACCAUGACGGAGACAUACCGUGGUUCUUGCCACGGCGAUGACGUCACCGCUGGCCAGGGCAUUAUAAACCGCGCCAGCUGGAAGCCUGUCGUAGGCAGUAUGAAUGACUUUAGCUACCUGCAUACUAACUGCUUUGAGAUCUCCGUCUUCCUCGGAUGUGACAAGUUUCCCCAUGAAAGUGAACUGCCCCUGGAGUGGGAGAGUAAUCGCGAGGCUCUUCUGGCUUUCAUGGAGCAGGUGCAUCGCGGAAUCAAAGGUGUUGUCCGAGACGUGGAGGGCAAUUACGUAGCUAAUGCUACUGUGUCUGUGGAGGGCAUUAAGCAUGAUGUGAAAACAGCUGCUACGGGUGAUUACUGGCGCCUUCUGAACCCUGGGGAGUACCGCGUGACAGCGCGAGCAGACGGCUACACAUCUCAGACGCGACUUUGUAUGGUGGGUUAUGAAGCUGGUGCUACGUCAUGCAGCUUCACCUUAACCAAGUCCAACUGGGACCGGAUCAGACAAAUUAUGGCCCUCAAUCCAAACAGGCCGAUUAGACGUUCAGGGACCAGGAUUGGGAACGGAGGCGCAACCAUUAACUCUGGUGGUAGCACAAGAACCGCUACGAUCUCCCAGAGCGAACGUCUACGGCGGCUGCGUCUGAUCCGUCUGCGUAAACUCCGCAUGCAAAAGCUGAGAGGUAAUAUAACAACGACCAGGCCCCCCACCACAACCGCCACCACCACCCCUGUCCCUACAACUACCACCACGACAGAAUUUGCGUCAGAGAGCACAACCUCUUGGUUUGACUCCUGGUUUCUGGAAGACACCAGAUCAACAACUGCCUUCCCUAUCGAGGCCGAAAUCCAAGAGUCUGAGCCCACGCAAGACUAUAAUUUUGAGUACAGCAUAGAUGAAUACUAAACCCCAAGAGUGUAGUUUAGUUACUUGGUCUGAGCAGGCAAGAGUGUUUCAAACGUUUCCAUCACCAGAGGUCUUUUGUGUGCUGAUGUGUUUGGCCAGAAAUUUGUGAGGAAUGUACAAUGUAAUCUCUCUGUGGAACGGAGAGAUUAUAAAUAAAAGAAAACGAUGAAGAUUGUGGGCAAAAUAUAAGUAAUACAAUGAAACGGUUGAGCAAAAGAUUUAAUCUUGGCGCACAAAAAAUAUUAUUUUGAUCAUUUGAUAUGACAGACUGUAUAAACAGUGUAUUUGUGAUUAAAAAAAAAAAAAGAAGCCUGCGUGACAACAAUGACACACAUCUGUUAUUCACUGUUCCUUUGCAGAGGUUUAGCUCUCGACUUGCCAUAUCAUGCAUAAUC